GGAGGAAGUGGUAGAAAGAUGCUGCCUGACCCACUGAGUUACUCCAGCACUCUGUGAAACGUCACCUAUCCAUGUUCUCCACAGAUGCUGCCUGACCCGCUGAGUUACUCCAGCACUCUGUGAAACGUCACCUAUCCAUGUUCUCCACAGAUGCUGCCUGACCCACUGAGUUACUCCAGCACUGUGUGAAACGUCACCUAUCCAUGUUCUCCACAGAUGCUGCCUGACCCGCUGAGUUACUCCAGCACUCUGUGACAUUAUUAAAAAGGUCGAGGUUACUAAAGAUCAAAGUGGAGAUAUCCCCAGGGCCUGAUGGGAUCUCUCUCAGCAUACUGAGGUACCGUUGGAGUUGUUUGGUUUAUCCUGAUGCUCGUGCUUCGACCCGACCUAGCACCAAGUCCCUAGAGCAAUGCCCUAGGUUUGCUGUGCAUCGGAACAGCAUCCAUGGACUCCGUCACCAGUGUCGGCAGCUACACUAAUGAAGCCGGCCACGUUUCUAGUCAUGGUGAUGAUGUUUGGAACUACCUCACGGCGGAAGAGAGAGAAUGCCUGCUGUUCCUUGAAGAAACCAUCGACUCAUUGAAUAUUGAAGAAUUGGAACAAACUGAAACUGUGUUGACUAGAAAUGGGAGUCAGUCUGAGAAAGUGCCCCCAUCACCAUACCCAGAGAGCCCGCCUCUUCAACCAGCAGAACCUCCUGGAAAAAUCCCACGAGCAGUGUUGCCACUCGGCCCGUCUAUCCCGGAUACUACGCCCGCCCAGGUGGUCGAGUCCAAAUCUGGAUCCAAUACUCUCCCCAAGUCGGGUUGGAGGGAGAGUGGGCGCCUGGAGCCCAGUGUGGGGGAGGGGAGACGGCGGUCCUUCACCACACCGGCCCACCCAUCGUCAGGGACCAGGGACGAGCGGGGAAAGCACGGACCCCCCACUGCGCCCAAACCGGGGCGGCUCCCCCAAAACAUCGUGCUGAGGAGCUACCAACAGAACAACGGUCCCCAUCCACAGAGCAUCUACAAGUUGUCACAGGACGGUGGGAGAGGGAAUGGUCAGUCUAAGGACAGCAGCACUGAGGCGGAGGCUCAACAUGUACGCCAGCAGGCCCUGGCUAAGCUGGGAUUGUUGACCGAGACAGACGGAGUGCGGAGGAAUCGACGAGAGUCGGUGAAAGUUCCCGGUGGGUCGCUGGUGCCAGCGGGCGAUGAGAAGGUCACUGGUCACUCAGGGGCGGACAAUGAGCAGAACAAACAUCCUGAGCCCAGAGGUCCGAGUGUUGGCUCGGGUUCUGACACCAACCAUUCCACCGCCAACGUUGGUGCGGGCAAUGCCAACAGGUUUCACUGGCGGCAUCCAACCCCAACGUCAACCAGCCAGAAGAGGUUGAGUACCCCUGGUGACACGGGCUUACCGUCCGCCCGCCCCAUCUCCACCAACACCGCGCUGGUUGCCGGCACCAGCAAGACCUUGCCGAGCGUCAAGAGAUCGGUGAACAUUAACGAUGGCCUCGCACGGAACAGUAGCCUCCCGCCCUGGUCGCUGGGUCCCAGCAAGGCCAGCAGCUUGAAACGCUUUGGCACGUCCGGUGACAGCAGCCAGCCGCGUACAGUCACGGUCACCGCCGCCCCCGGCCCACACAAACUGCCCAAACCGCGCCCCAUGUCCAUCUGCUCGGAGGCCGACCUGUCGUCCAGGCUCGGCAACGCCCCAGAGGGAACAUCGCCCGAGAAACCGGCCGGGAGGUUCUUCCCCAUGAAGAUUCACCACAUCUCUGCCAAACCUCACCGGUCACCACCCAAGGUGCUCAACGUCCAGUCUGUGGCCCAGCAGUCCAGCACCAAAGACCGCAAGGAUGCUCUGAGGAAACUUGGUCUUCUGAAAGAGUAACAGCCAAGUCUCUGGGGGGAGGGUA